UUCAGUCUCUGCAAGCUCUUUGAGGUGGAAGUCAUAAGCUUCUUGCACUUGAGCCUUGUGCCGUGUGUGGAGUCUAUGCCUGGCAGAUGCUAAACAAUGAUAUAUUUUUUAUAAAAAAAAUAGCCCACCUGGAGUAGGCAGCCUGGGAUCUUCUCUGAAGUGAAACUUGAUGCUUUUCAGCAAAGACACACCUCUUUCAGGGUGUUGUGCAAAUUUCUCUAUUUUAAACGUAGGGACAGGAAAUAUGAAAUGGGACAGCCAGGAUCCAAAGAUCACGUAGGCCGAAGUUUAUCAACUCUUGACAAACAGUAAAUUAGAGGCUUGUGAUGGAGCUGUUACCUCGAGUACCCUGAAUUGUCAGAAGGUUGGACAUUUGGGCAAGUUGCUGCCUCUAUGCUACCAGGUUUUUGCAGCAUAGACAUUGCUCCCUCUGUCUGGAACAGCUCUGCAGGGCUUUUUUUCCUCCUCCUUUUUGCUUCUCAUGCUUGAUUAUUUCCUGACUCUGCAGUGGGAUGGGUCUGCUGCAAAAGAUUCUGGUUCUUUUUGCAGGACUGAUCUUGGCCUUCUGUUUUUAUUCGGGAAAUGAAGACUUUAAACCGGAAAUGCUGAAAGGGAAGCGUGUGGUUGUUACUGGGGCAAGCACUGGAAUCGGUGAGCAGAUGGCAUACCACCUGGCACGCAUGGGUUCCCACAUACUGAUCACUGCGCGAACAGAAGCCAAGCUCCAGAAAGUGGUUGCUCGGUGCUUGGAGCUGGGUGCAGCAUCUGCCAGCUACAUAAAUGGCAGCAUGGAAGACAUGGCAUUCGCUCAGUCUGUGGUAAAGAAAGCAGAGGAAUUGUGGGGAGGUCUAGAUAUGCUUAUUCUGAAUCAUGUUAGCCCUUCCUACUUAAGCUAUUUCAAUAGUGAUGUUGCAUAUAUGCAAAAGGUCCUGAAUAUCAAUUUCUUAAGCUAUGUGACCAUGACAGCUGCAGCUCUUCCCAUGCUUAAGAACAGCGGAGGAAGCAUCGUAGCGGUUUCAUCCUUGGCAGGCAAAGUUGCAUUCCCACUCACUGUUUACUAUUCUGCAACAAAAUUUGCCCUGGAUGGGUUUUUCAGCUCCUUGAGGCAAGAAUUUGUCAUGCAGAACACCAACGUUUCCAUCACACUCUGCAUCCUUGGACUCAUCGAUACAGAAACGGCCAUGAAAGCAGUUUCUGGAGUGGUCAAGUCAUCCUCUGCAGCACCGAAGGAGGAAUGUGCACUGGAAAUCAUUAAGGGAGGAGCCCUGCGCCAAAGGGAGAUUUAUUAUGAAUAUUUAUCUACAAGAAUCCCUUUAUUGAUCCGGGACUGGGCUCCAAAUCUCCUGGAUUAUAUCAUUCAGAGGAAUUAUAACGUUGAAAAACUGAAAGAUUAACUGCUCUUUAGCUUUCCUUAUUUUAUAUUUUAGCCACAUUGGGUCCCUGCCAGGGAAAAAGGCGGGGUAAAAAUAAAUAUAAUAGCACCUAGAACUUAAGAGCACUGAGAACUUGGAAAUACUGUAAAGCUCUGCCCAAAUUUCAGAUUUGGCACCCACAUACAAAAAUCAAAUGUGAAAAUUUGACGUCUUCGGGGUUCAUUUUUGACAGAGCUAGUUUUGCUGAUAAAAAGGUAAAGUUAUAGGUCUGCAUCCAAAGAUGUCACUCAACUGACUGUAAGUCUUCCAUUGACAGAGGAGGGAAGGGAGGGCUUUUUAUGACAGCACCUCCUCCCAAUCUGCUGUGAGACCCUUCAGAGUAGAUUUAGGGAGGUACGGGGAUUAGAAGAAGGAAAUUGAUUUCCUUACUAUAUCACUUAUGGAAGCCUUGUUGUCAGUUGAGCAACAACGACUGAUACAUCCCACGAAGUUUUGCACUUUAAAAAAAUAAACCAACAAAGAAACACUGAACUACCUAAAUCCAUAUUUGAAAAUGUUGUAAAAAAAUGUGUGAGGGAAAUAUAAAGUUGAUUUCUUUCAAGAAAUUGUCUCCAAAAUUUUAGCUCUAGCUGCCCAGAGUGGGUACAAGGAGACAUAAAAUUAAAGCUAUAUGUAAAUAUGUCUUUAUAUUGCUUUCCCUCCUCCCUCCAGAAAAAUGACAUUAUUUCAUUUUAAAAAUCUGAUCUCUAGAGUUAUAACAUACAUAUUAUGCUACUGACUAUAUUGAGGGAUGGUUUUGUAUUUAUGGCCUUUUAAGCAAUUAUUUUUUGUGUGUGUGCAUCCAAUGGCUCCCCCAUCUGGUGGAUUAGAUUCACAGGCACAUUGAUCUGAACACAUGCCAGCGAGCUGAAACUAGGGCAUGGCAGCUCUUGAAACCUUGCUGUGUUUUAAUAUAUUGUUUCUGCAUGAGAAUUGUCAACUUUUAAAACUACUGUUAUAUAAUCUGUUGGUGGUUUAUUUGAAGGGGAGGAAAGCAAGUUACACCACAGUUUAGCAUUACAAUAUUCAGGAAAAGAACUGUAAAUAUGAGAAAAUACUCUUAUUUGUCCCACAGCCCCCACCCACUCUGGAAUCCCCUCCCAGUAGGGAUUCCUGUAUUUGAGCCCUACUUAUUUUAGCCACCGUUCAUUAAGUUGGCAAUGUUCCUGAUGUUCCUAUGAUUUAUCUUUGUCUAGAUUUUGUCUCUAACCGUUGUUAAAUAGCCAUGUGGCAUCUUGAUCUCAAGCUUUCCUCUCCUCUGCAGAGAGUAAAUAUCAUUAUUAGGAAAUACGCCUUAUUUCAGAGUAUUCUUGUCCCAGCACAUAGGCUUCCUAUUUAGAGAUUCGAAUGAAGUAACUCCUAUGGACUCCCGGUUCCUGUCCCCCGAAUGAACAAUAUCCCAUUCAAAGACUGACAUUGCUCCUUAAAGUAUUACUUGAUUAUAUUUGAAUAGAAAAUGCAAUGCUGCUUAAUUUACCCCUAAUUUCAAAGUGUUUUGCCUUUGAUUAUCUCUCAUUCAGAAAGAUCGUAACCCUCACUGUGAAGUCCAGUAACCAUAAGGGGAAAGGGCAUAGUUUUCUGAUUCUCAGAAAUAUUAGGCAUCCAGCAGUUUUUGUUCUGUCACAUUUCUCCUAAAAGCUCAGCAUGAGAAAUGAGCUGUACUGAAAACACAGCAGAUUCUCAUUUUAUUGUAUCAAAGGCUUAGCUUAGGCAAAUUGUUAGACUUGCAGCCUGAAAGCUUUCCUCAUCAGGAAACAAAAUUAUUUUAAGCUUCUCCAACUGAGACUGCAGAGAAAUGAAGGCAAAUUGUUGGGCAAAACUUGCUAUUUCUACCCAGAUGAACACAGAGCCAGAUGAAUCACAGGGCAAAAGGGAUUGAUGCAUGGGUUCAUGGCAAAAUGUGAAGGAUUUUAAAGAAGAAGGGAAGGCCUAGAAAAUCAAAGGGUUUGUUCUGUUGCCCCCCAGGACAAUAAAAUCAAUACAAGUUUGAAGCUGUACAACUAUGAUUUGUCCUACUGGUGAGGUCAGGUGAGAGGCAUACUUUGCCUUCUGACACCAUCAAAACAAAUAAAAUCUCAAUUUGGUGACAACCUGGGAAAAUCUCCUGUCUGCUGUACAGGGAUGGAGGAAAAACUUGAUUAGCCAAACGUAACCUGAUUCUCACUCUCUGAAACCAUUUGCAAACUAAAACACAACCAUGCUUCAAAAUUCACACUUUCCAAAUUUUGCGGUGCAGUUCUCCCGCUAAGUGAUGUGUACAAUAAUGCACUUACCGGUAGUAGGGUAAAGUGUGAAUAACAAAAGUGUGCAUUUUUGGUGGAAAUAAGAUACAAAAAUGCAUUGUAUUAGCAUAAGUUGUUCUGUUUGUUUGUUCCGGAGCUUUCCUUGCAAAAACUCUGCUCAGAGACAGAGCUUUUAAGUGCGGGAAAGAGCAGGGCAAAGGGUAAGCGUGGAUAAGCCCUAUAUUAAGCAAAAUUCACACAAAAACCUUGAUGAAUUUUCAUGAGGACUUAUUUUGAAAAAAUGCAAAUUGACUUGGAAGUGUAAAGAACUGAGCUGAAAAUUGGAAAAUUAGAAGCUAAGAGAAACCAGAUUAACAUCUUCACCCAUUCCUACUCCCAUAUCACCUAUUUAUGCUGUCAAAUCAAGACUCACUUCACUUCAGAACACCCCAAAUUUUACAGUACUAAUAUUUACAAUACUACAAUACUAAUGUUAUCUCCUUGUUUUGUUUGCCACUCUUGCCAUUUCUAAGUUCUGCCUCUAGAGGUCGUUUUCCAAUGUUCAUGACUGGACUUGUUUUCAGUAGACCUCACCACCUCUUUCAGUAUCAGUAUUGUGCUUUCUAGAAGGAAGAGUAACAGGUAACAUAAUGGAAUCCAUCGGAUAAAUAUUGCUUUAAAUAGUGAACUGGUUGAUGUGAACUUGCAAAUCAGUCUCCAAGUAAUUUUUCCAUUAAACUGGUGGGAUUAUGCAAUGGAGGGAACUGGGCUCCUCUGUGACUGUGAGAUACUUGUCCUACAAUUUCUCACAACCUGCUACUGUAGGAAUGUACACCAAGGAAAGUGCCUUCUAACUAAGGACAUACAUUAAAAUAAUAUCU